AACAUUUGCAGCACCGAAUAAAGAGUGCAUACUAUACGUGAAUUUGGAGCCAGUCUCAAGUCGUUAGUUGUAACUUCCUACUACAACGAGCGGUAUCCCACGUUUGAGCUCCCCCGCUGCCUAGUAUUCAUCGAUAUUUCUUCUCCGGAUUACGGAGGAAUUCGGCUCGCUUCUGCAUGAAAGAUAUUGUGUUCAGCAUGUCCCUUUGGCUCUCAGUCUUCCUUCUAACUUUGCCAUUUCCGUAUGAAGGAAAGCCUACAGGGGACUCGCAAAGCGACCGCGAAGUGUGCACAAGUGAAGCCUGCCACCGAAGAGCGAAUGCAAUUCUUAGCAGCCUCACCCCGGAUUUAGACCCAUGUGAGGAUUUCUACGAGUUUGUGUGCACGGGAUGGAAGAAGGAUAAUCCUCCAUUGUGCAACGUCGCCGAAGCAACCAGCAAUGACGUGAUGCGUCAUGUUGGAGGACUCCUCGAAGACGAAGCUCUAGAAGGCACGAUAUUCCGCAACGUUAGGGCGGCAUACAAAUCCUGUACGAACGAAGAUAUAUGGCAAGAAGAAGAGGUGCACGCAUUCCAGAACGUUCUGAAUUCGGCGGGCAUAUCAAGUUGGCCGUUGUGGCCGCCUACCGAGCAGGCAUCCGACUGGCAACACCUGUACGCCUCGACGCGGGUGGGACUUAACAUGGACUACUCGUCGGAAUCCAAUCUAGUUUCACAGCUUUUCAACUUUAUCGUGAUGAGGGAUCUGUUAUUCCCUGCGAAAUACGCUGCUUUUUUAUUUUUCCGUGACGAGGAUAUAGAGGGAAUUGAAGCGCCCUGCUACACACAGAAGGAACGCCCUGAGAAGAGGUGUCCUGAACAGACAUCAUACUAUCACAUGCUCUCUGGCACUACCAAGGACAGUGUUAAAGCUGCUAUCGACAUCCUCAACGGCACCAUCUCCGAACAGGACGCAGAGGCGGCAGCUGAAGAUAUCAUUGGCUUCGAAGUCGGGCUAGCUCAGAAAGCUCCGUCUUUCGAGCCAUUUCUAGAUAUGUUAUCCGUCGUCCUUGAGGAUCAGGCGCUGCACAAGUCGGAUGUUCUCAGGAACUCUGAGACUGGGCUCUGA